UGCGUUUUUUAGGGGCCUACAAGAAACGAAAACAAGGUGCACGUAGCGGCUUUGCUACAUUUUCAUCCUAUUUACAGUACAACCGAAGCGGGUGCAGCUUCUCAACAAUUAAACAGAUAAAUUACCAGUUUCAUCGAUACUGCAGAUGUGAGUCUCGUACAGCUGUCGGGUGUGUACCACUUGCAGUGAAAGCGGAGGGAUGCCUGCAGCAGAGAGCAACCAUGCCCAGCGUGUACUGUCCUCCCUGAACCAGCAGAGGGCAGUAGGGAGGUUUUGUGAUGCAGUGUUGAAUGUGAGAGGCGGCGUGGUCUACCUGGCCCAUCGCAGCAUCCUCGCCUGUUUCAGUGAACUGUUCCAGCAGUCCAACAUGCCCGCGGCACCAUGCAUCGAGAUCUGCCUGGAGGAGUGCCCCAGCGACGGCCUGGAGCUGCUCCUGAACUUUGUCUACACAGGAGAGCUGAAGUUGGACCCUGAAAACCUGGACAAGGUGCAGCAUGCAGCAACCAGCCUGUGUGUACCAGAGGCACUCACACUCUGUCAGCAGUUCAAGGACACAUCUGUGGAUCCUACGCCUUUGAAGCGCAAAAGAGGCAGACCUAGGAAGUCCACAUCAGAUACGACCCCUCAUUGUUCAGUCAAAGAAGAGAACUUGGUCACAAUAACAAAAGACGAGCCCAGCUUUGACACCGCUCUAACCCAUUUUAGCAUGGCUGCCACUACCACUACCACUACCACCACACGCUCUGGCCGUGUAGUGAAGGGCCCCAGGCGACUGGUGACUGAUGAAAGCCCCGACACUGAUUUAACAGUCCCUGAAAAAGCCGGCAAGAAGGCUCCACUUAUUCCCACAGAGAGAGAAAGUGAUGAUGUUGUUGUGGAGAACCCAAACCUAGAUCAGCCGACUGGUGAAAACGAGGUAAUGGACUUGCAGGUUGACAUUAAUGACAACGGUGUUAGCCAGGCAAUGGAGGAAGAAGAAGAGGAAGAUGACGUGGGGGAUUUUGAGAGGAUGACUGAAGAAGACACCGAUGAGGAGUAUAUACCCGUUGAAGAGCCCAGUUCCUUGUCCCCGUCCACGUCAACGGCACGGAGGCGCAAAGCCCAGAGUAAAACGGACAGAAAGGAGAAUGGCGAGGCUGUGGAAGAAGACUCCAAGAAGGACUCGGUGCAGUGUCCCAGCUGUGACAAAUCCUUCAAGAGCAAAUACUACCUCAAAGUCCACAACAGGCGGCAUACAGGCGAGAGACCCUUUGGUUGCCUUAAAUGUGGGAAGAGGUACUUCAGGAAGGAGAAUCUUUUGCUACAUGAGAUCAGAGACUGUGCUAAAGUACAGAUGUACACCUGCGUGACAUGCUCCUCAACAUUUAAAGGAAAAGAAGAGCUACGGUUGCACGUCGUCUCCCACACAGGAAACAUGCCCCACAAGUGUUCAACGUGUCCUGAACAGUUUAUGCACAAGAAAAACUUGACAAUUCACAUGAUGAAGGUCCAUGGUUAUCCCAAACCACACGCAUGUCCCCAGUGCCCCAAAACCUUUCUAACUCGGACGGAGCUGCGUGUGCACGAAGCAGCCAAACACCGUGGUGAGAAGCCGUUUGUGUGCGAGGAGUGUGGCCAUCGAGCGUCUAGUCGAAACGGCCUGCAGAUGCAUAUCAAAGCCAUUCACAGAAAUGAGCGCCCUUUUGUAUGUAACUUAUGUGGCCACGCAUUCUCCCAGAAGAACAACCUAAACAUGCAUCUGCGUAUACACAGCGGUGAGAGGCCAUACCAGUGUCAUCUCUGCGGCAAAACCUUCAGGACGCAAGCCAGUCUAGAUAAACACCACCGGACACACACCGGCGAGCGUCCGUUUGGCUGCGACGUUUGCGAGCAGCGCUUCACGGAGAAAGGCGCCCUCGUCCGCCAUAAGGCCAGCAAGCACGAGGAGGGCCGCCCCCACUCAUGCCACAUAUGUGGGAAAACCUUCAAAGCGAGGGAGCAACUUCGCGUUCACCUGCGUCGCCAUAAGGGCAUGAGGAAGUUCGAGUGUAUAGACUGCGGCUACAAGUUCACUCGACAGGCACACCUGCGUCGGCACAUUCAAAUCCACAAACGCACCGAGAACUACAACCCCCGGCAGAGGAAACUGAGGAACGUGAUAGUGCAGGUCGUGGACAUAAGUCCUGGUGAGAACGGAGGGACGAAGGAAGUGGAGGAGUCGCUGGUGGCCGAGGACACAUACUUCGUCCCGGAGACUGCCGACGUCCAGGACUCUAACACUAACCCACAGGCCAACGCGGGGACAGGCCUCAGGUCUAGUUGCACGGUGAGGGGGGUGACCAAGUCGAGCGCCGCGGUGAUGGAGGAGGUGGUGUCAAACCAGAACCCGGGAUACGUGGAGGCGGCGGAAGAGAGUUUCUCUGUGCCACAAGACUUGCCGCAAACGCAGCUGGUCACUGAGGCGUACGAGUCCACGGUGGUUACGGAGGGAAUGGUUGGGAAUCUAUCUCAGAGUAAGACCUGAGGACUGAAAGACCAGAGACUGUGUGCAGUGAGUUAAAGUUACUGUGAAGACCACUUCCUUAAUGAGAAGGACUUAAAGGGUAACUACCGUUUCUUUCAACCUGGACCCUAUUUUCCUACGUUUUUGUGUCUAAGUGACUGAUGGCAACAGCAAUCUUUGACACUGGUCCAGUAU